UGGUGGCGUUAAACUGGAAGAGGGCAGGCUCAGGUUAGAUGUAAGGAGGAAAUCCUUCCCGCUGAGGGCGGCGAGGCCCUGCCCAGGCUGCCCCGGGAGCUGGGGGUGCCCCAUCCCUGGGGGUGCCCAAGGCCAGGCUGGGUGGGGCUGGGGGCAGCCUGGGCUGGGGGCAGGGGGUGGCCCUGGGUGGGCCUUAAGGUCCCUUCCCACCCAAGCCGUUCUGUGGUUCCAUAUCACACGAAGUGCCAAUGAAACCGGACCGAUCGCCCUUUCUCGUGAUGGGAACACCCGUCUCGCCGUGCCUUUUCUUCUCCCUUUCUGUACAGCCGGUUGCAGCUCUUAAAUCUGCUUCCAGGCUGCUGCUUGAGAACAGCGAUGGGAAGGGGCUCGAGUAUUGCUGCACAAACAGAUUUCUGUUUGCAUAGCUGUUGGGGAAUGGCUGCGCCAGGAUGCGCAGAAACAACUAUUUAUGAAUUAUUUACAUUUCUUUAGUUGCUGCUCAUCGUUUGUUAUUCCUCUGUUUAAACAGUUUGUCCUCUGUUCCAGGAGCAGAAGGAAAGCCAAAAUGACUUCAGUGACAGCUCAGAUAUCCCACAGAAUGACUAGUAGGAGCAGAACAGCAGGAGCUGGAAUACGGUGAGGACUUUCCCCUCCAGGGAAAGCCAUUUCCAGUCAUCAAAAGGAGUUGAAGGUAGCAGACGGCCAACACACCCACCAUCAAGGCAAACUUCUGUUGGUGAAGACCAGAGAUUUUGGUCUAAGCAAGUUGGCCGCCUGAGAUGAGAAUACACUAAGAUGAGGAAGAUGCUGCUGUAAUCAAGGCAACAGGGAACCAGAUGCGCAGUGGCCACAGGCUGGGCUACGGACGUCCUUCCCCAGUAGUGAAUAUUCAGUCUCUUUGGAAAGAGGUGGUUCCUCUUCUGCGGAGGAAAGUCUCACAACACAGGACACAGACGGAACUGCCCAAGGAAGAGCAGGACUGGUCCCACAGUAUGUCCUGCUGACCACCUCAUCCUGAGAAAAGGGACGUACUUGCUCCUGAGACUUCCAGACCUUUUUAAGAAACUCAUAAUGCUCUAUAAACCCUUGAGGAGCUCCAAGAACCAGAAGUUUUUGCAUCCUGCACUGGCCCAAGUGAACCUCACAUCCUGAAAAUGAGGUGACCUGACACUCGAUAUUCCAUUGCUUGAAGGCAGGCUGGGGACCAGAGCAUGUGCCCUCGCUGCUCCUGUGGUCCGUCCUCAGCAAGGGAAGCAGCUGGUGGAGACAGUGCUCCGACACCUCCCAUGAAGCGUACGAGUGGCUGUGGGAGAAUCUGCUUGAAAAAGAAAGGUGGAUGCUCAUUUGAUGAGCACUAUAGUAAUUGUGGUUAUAGUGUGGCCUUGGGAACCAAUGGAUUUACCUGGGAGCAGAUCAAUACCUGGGAAAAGCCAACAAUGGAUCCUGCUGUCCCAACUGGCUCCUUCAUGAUGGUGAACAGCUCUGGACGGGCAUCUGGGCAGAAAGCUCACUUGCUUCUGCCUACGUUAAAGGAAAAUGACACACAUUGCAUCGACUUCCACUAUUACUUAUCCAGCAGAGACCGUUCGAGUCCUGGCUCUCUGAAUGUCUACGUGAAAGUGAAUGGAGGACCACAGGGCAAUCCAAUAUGGAAUGUCUCGGGGGUUGUUACAGAAGGAUGGGUGAAGGCAGAACUUGCCAUCAGUACAUUCUGGCCACAUUUUUAUCAGGUGAUAUUUGAAUCUGUCUCUUUGAAAGGACAUCCAGGGUACAUAGCUGUGGAUGAAGUCAGAGUUCUUGCCCAUCCAUGCAGAAAAGCACCGCAUUUCCUACGGCUUCAGAACGUGGAGGUUAAUGUGGGACAGAAUGCGACGUUCCAGUGCAUUGCUGGGGGGAAGUGGUCGCAGCAUGACAAACUCUGGCUCCAGCAGUGGAAUGGACGGGACACAGCGUUAAUGGUCACUCGAGUCGUCAACCAUAGACGUUUUUCUGCUACUGUCAGUGUUGCUGACACCUCUCAACGCAGUAUCAGCAAGUACCGAUGUGUCAUUCGUUCAGAUGGUGGAUCUGGAGUUUCCAAUUAUGCAGAAUUAAUAGUGAAAGAACCCCCAACUCCUAUUGCCCCUCCUGAGCUGCUGGCGGUCGGAGCCACCUACCUGUGGAUCAAACCCAACGCCAACUCCAUCAUUGGAGAUGGGCCCAUCAUACUGAAAGAGGUGGAAUAUCGGACGACCACUGGGAACUGGGCAGAAACGCACAUUGUAGAUUCCCCUAAUUACAAACUGUGGCAUUUGGACCCUGAUGUGGAGUAUGAGAUCAGAGUGUUGCUGACUCGCCCUGGAGAAGGAGGCACAGGGCCACCUGGGCCACCACUCACAACAAGGACAAAAUGUGCAGAUCCUGUCCACGGACCACAGAAUGUGGAAGUUGUUGACAUCCGUUCCCGGCAGCUGACGUUGCAGUGGGAGCCCUUUGGUUACGCCGUGACCCGCUGCCAUAGCUACAAUCUGACAGUCCAGUACCAGUAUGUUUUUAACCAGCAAAAAUUCGAGGCAGAGGAACUCAUCCAGACUUCUUCCCACUACACUUUGCGAGGUCUUCGGCCCUUCAUGACCAUCAGGCUGAGGCUGGCCCUCUCUAACCCAGAGGGCAAAAUGGAGAGUGAGGAGUUGGUUGUGCAGACUGAGGAGGACGUUCCUGGACCUGUUCCCUUGGAAUCCAUCCAGGGAGGACCUUUUGAAGAGAAGAUCUAUGUUCAGUGGAAGCCUCCAAAUGAGACAAAUGGCAUCAUUACACUCUAUGAGAUUACAUACAAGGCCGUUGGGUCUCUGGAUCCCAGUGCUGACCUGUCCAGCCAAAGAGGGAAAGUCUUCAAGCUAAGGAAUGAAACACAUCACCUCUUUGUAGGAUUAUACCCAGGGACUACGUAUUCAUUCACCAUCAAAGCCAGCACAGUCAAGGGCUUUGGGCCACCCAUCACAACACGGAUUGCAACUAAGAUUUCAGCACCAUCGAUGCCAGAAUACGACACUGACUCCCCCUUGAACGAGACUGACACCACCAUUACUGUUAUGCUGAAGCCUGCUCAGUCCCGGGGAGCCCCUGUCAGUGUCUACCAGCUUGUUGUCAAGGAGGAGAAGCUGCAGAAAGCCCGGAGAGCUGCGGACAUCAUUGAAUGCUUCUCUAUCCCCGUCAGCUACAAGAACGCUUCCAGUCUGGACUCCCCGCACUACUUUGCAGCCGAGCUGAAGCCCAUCAACCUGCCCGUCACACAGCCGUUCACAGUGGGCGACAACAAGACCUACAAUGGCUACUGGAAUGCCCCGCUUUCUCCCCUGAAGAGCUACAGCAUAUACUUCCAGGCUCUAAGCAAGGCAAACGGAGAAACAAAAAUCAACUGUGUCCGGCUGGCAACGAAAGGAGCUUCCACCCAGAAUUCCAAUGCAGUGGAACCCGAAAAGCAAGUUGACAGCACAGUAAAAAUGGCCGGAGUUAUAGCUGGGCUUCUGAUGUUUGUUAUCAUCCUCUUAGGAGCAAUGCUUACCAUCAAGAGAAGAAGAAAUGCAUACUCCUACUCCUAUUACUUGCAUUCAAGCCAAUGUUUUAGGGGCCUCUCUGUCUUCUACAGGACCAGGAAGCUAGCCAAGAAGCAGAAGGAGACCCAGACCAGCACACAGAGGGAGAUGGGUCCCGUGGCUACUUCAGACAAGACCUCUACCAAACUCAGUGCUGUUCACAGUGAAGAAGCUUUCUCUUCCAGCUGCCAAGAUGUUAAUGGAUUCACAUCACCCUCUCCUUGUUCAUUUUCUGUCCAAAGCAAAACCCUUCAGAGCAAAUCUUUGUUGAAUUCCUACUACUCAGUAUCAUCAGACACUGUUCCAUCGACCACGCUGUUAGACAGUAGCCAUGGAGAGAUGACCCAGCCAACCCUGACUAUCCAGACCCACCCGUACCGGAGCUGUGAGCCGGUGGAAAUGUCCUACCCCCGGGGGCAGUUCCAGCCAGCCAUCCGAGUGGCCGACUUGCUGCAGCACAUCACCCAGAUGAAGCGAGGACAGGGCUAUGGAUUUAAAGAGGAGUAUGAGGCACUACCCGAGGGGCAGACGGCAUCCUGGGACACAGCCAAGGAAGACGAAAACCGCAAUAAGAAUAGAUACGGAAACAUAAUCUCCUAUGAUCAUUCAAGGGUGAGAUUGCAACUGCUGGAUGGGGACCCUCACUCUGACUACAUCAACGCCAAUUACAUCGACGGGUACCACCGGCCUCGUCAUUACAUUGCAACUCAAGGGCCAAUGCAAGAGACAGUGAAGGAUUUCUGGAGAAUGAUUUGGCAAGAAAACUCUGCAAGUGUUGUCAUGGUCACCAACUUGGUGGAAGUGGGCAGGGUGAAGUGUGUUCGGUACUGGCCAGAUGACACAGAGGUCUAUGGCGAUAUUAAAGUCACACUAAUUGAGACAGAACCACUGGCAGAGUAUGUCAUACGCACAUUUACUGUACAAAAGAAAGGCUACCACGAGAUCCGAGAGAUUCGGCAGUUCCACUUCACCAGCUGGCCGGACCAUGGGGUUCCUUGCUAUGCCACGGGCCUCUUAGGCUUUGUUCGGCAAGUGAAGUUUCUCAACCCCCCAGAAGCAGGACCUAUUGUUGUGCACUGCAGUGCCGGGGCCGGGAGAACAGGGUGCUUUAUUGCCAUCGACAUCAUGCUUGACAUGGCAGAGAACGAAGGCGUGGUAGAUAUAUUUAACUGUGUGCGAGAGCUGCGCUCCCAAAGGGUCAAUUUGGUGCAGACGGAGGAGCAGUAUGUAUUUGUCCAUGAUGCCAUUUUGGAGGCAUGUCUCUGCGGCAACACGGCCAUUCCAGUUUGUGAGUUCAGAUCCAUAUAUUACAACAUCAGCAGACUAGAUCCACAGACUAAUUCCAGCCAGAUAAAAGAUGAGUUUCAGACUCUCAAUAUUGUGACACCACGUGUUCGGCCAGAAGAUUGCAGCAUCGGGCUUCUGCCAAGGAACCAUGACAAGAAUCGCUGCAUGGAUGUGUUGCCCUUGGACCGGUGCCUGCCUUUCCUCAUCUCGGUGGAUGGCGAGUCAAGUAACUACAUCAAUGCUGCACUCAUGGAUAGCCACAAGCAACCUGCUGCCUUUAUUGUAACUCAGCACCCUUUGCCCAACACCGUAGCAGACUUCUGGAGGCUGGUGUUUGAUUAUAACUGCUCCUCUGUCGUGAUGCUGAAUGAGAUGGAUGCAGCACAGCUCUGCAUGCAGUACUGGCCAGAGAAGACGUCCUGUUGUUAUGGCCCCAUUCAAGUAGAGUUUGUUUCAGCAGAUAUCGAUGAAGACAUCAUAAACCGGAUAUUCCGGAUCUGUAACAUGGCCAGGCCCCAAGAUGGAUAUCGCAUAGUUCAGCACUUGCAAUACAUUGGCUGGCCAGCAUACAGGGACACCCCUCCUUCCAAACGCUCCCUCCUGAAGGUGGUCAGAAGGUUGGAGAAGUGGCAGGAGCAGUACGAUGGGCGAGACGGCCGCACUGUUGUUCACUGCCUGAACGGUGGGGGACGUAGUGGCACCUUCUGUGCCAUCUGCAGUGUGUGUGAGAUGAUUCAACAGCAAAAUAUCAUUGACGUGUUCCACAUAGUGAAAACGUUACGGAAUAACAAGUCCAACAUGGUGGAGUCACUGGAACAGUAUAAAUUUGUAUACGAGGUUGCACUGGAAUACUUGAGUUCCUUUUAGCCCAGCGAAGGGAGGGGAGCCUCCGACAUGGUAGACCCCAACCCCUGGCAGACGCUUCUCCCCUCUCCCACGUUAGAAGGCAGUAACAAGUGUGGGAAGGAAAACCUCUCCUUCCCGGAGCAAGAGACUGAGACUGCACAGACCUCGCUGGAAGGAGGAGAUGAUGCCUGUGUUUGCUGCUGCCUGCUUUCUAUUGGAGCAUCUACCGCUUCUUAAAUAACCUACUGUACGAAUUAGCAAAAUGGGAGACAGACUGAAAGACUGGACUUUCUAAUCCCCUCUGACUUCUCUCCUCUUUGGGAUUGUAUUUUUGCUCUCCUUGCCGCAGAGUGGGGAAAGAAUGAAACCCUUAGGAAAUUCUCUUUUAAAUGUUUCCUUUUUAAGUUAUAUUUUUAUUUUCAAAUCUCAGUCUUUAAUUUUUGAAUUUCAUGCAGCAGUCAUUUGGGAAAAAUGAGAUAGCCAUAGGGGAUCUAUGACAUGUUUCAUUACAAUUUGCCUACCUUACCUGUGUUUGUUUUAUUUUCCAAAUGAAAAGGCCAACACCAAAAAUCACUGGAAUUAUAUUUCUGUAUCUGGUUCCUCUUAGCAUGAAAAUAGAUGAUGGAGAUGAGAAGUUGUUCAUGGAUUCACUGCCUCGGCUUCUACAUGUUUCCUCCCAGUUUCUGCUAGACUCCCAAGGCUGUGUGCAUGAACUGGUUACAUCUCUACUCCGUGUUCAUUUCAGUGCUGGUGAAGCAAUAGCAUUAAUGAGUUUCCCAGCCACUUAAACCCUAAGGUUAAAUAUUUGCAUCAAACAAAUUGCAUUUGUCUUGCAACUUUGGUAACUUUGUUACCAUAUUUUUCAAGUAUUUGCUGGGGUGCAGUGUAUCUUUGAAAAACAGGGUAUAAAGUAGGUGUUAUUGAUCAUAUACUAUGUAUUAUUAUUUUUUUAUUUAUUAUUUGUAUUGCCGUAGAACUUAGGACCCCUAGUCCUGACAGGACCCUGCUGAACUAGACACUGUGCAAAGAGAGAACAAAGAAGGUUCCUGCUCAAGAACUUAGAAUCUGAAGGUAAUCUUAAAAUUGGGUUUGAUCGAGGUUUCCUCACUGUUUCCAAACUGUUUUACGAUCAGGUGUAGCUGGGUGAUUUAUUCACAUUUCCAGCCCCUGCAAAUUUCAAAAUGGUAACCCAUCCAGGCUGUAGGAAAGGUGAUGUACAUACACAGAAACCUGUUCUGACAUGUGCUCAGAAAAGUCUUCGACCAGCACAGCAACUUUCCAUCUUAAGCAACACAGCUUUUGUUUUGUUCUGCAGAAAUGCCCGUGCAGCUCUACUUCUUUGAAAUAAACAUCAGGUGUGUUUUGCCAUGGUUCUGGAUCUCAUUCUGACUUCCUAGAAGCUAAGAAAUUGCUUUUCUAGAAGAGUAUGCUUAAGUAGUUGAUCACUAAGGUCUGCAGGAUAAUCUUAGAGAAUUUUAAAUGAACAAGGACUGCAAUAUUCAGUACUUCAGUUUAGCUGUUUAUUUUUCUUGAGGGUGCGGGGAUACAGGGUUGCUCUGUGUGUAAAUUAGAUUCUGGGAGAUGCAGGUUUCUUCAAAUACAGACUUGUUAAAAGCUAGACUGAAUGUAAGAGUUUAAGGAAAACUCCACUUUCUUACCACUUAGUAGUUUUCCACCCCCAAGUAAAUACUCAGAGACUGUGCUGGGAACUCUGUUGUGUUAAUGCCUGGCAUAGAGAAUGCCAGAAGCUCAAAAAAAAUGUACUAAUUCCACGUGUAAAUUGAAAAGGCACCUCUGCUUCAUAGACAUUCUUUUCUAAAAAAUUAUACCUUUGACUUGACAAUGAAGUAUGAAAAUUAAAUCUGAUAAAAGCAACUCGACGUAAAUAGACCAGUAUCUAACCAAAAAGUUGUUAUCUCUGUCAGGACCUGCAGCAGACUUAAGAAAGGAUGCUUGGUAUUUGCAAAUGGAACAGCAAUAAUCCUCCUUCCUGCUAAGCAGAGGAGGGGCUUGCAGAGGAUGCUGAACUGUUUAGCUCAUGUUCUUUCCAAGAAGCUUUGGAUUCUUGGCUUCUUACAAGUGAAAAUCUUGAAGGUCUUAAAUGUGGUGGACUACAGCAUCCUUUGAUGUAGCUAGAGUGCCACAAAGUAUUGAUGAGAACCCCCUCACAAGUUCCUCUGUUCUGUUUCAGGUUGGUCUUCUCUGUUGCCUGCAGAAAUCCCCUUUAGUUUAUAUUGGGGCUUCAGGUGAAUGUCUGGUGUUACAGGAAACAAAUUACUUGUUUGAUUUACUUUUUUUUUUCUUUAACUUUUUUUUCUGCUAAGCUACACAAGCAAUUCCUCAAAAGAAUAGAAGACAAAGCAAAAUUAUGACAUAAAAGUUAGAAGGAAGGCAAAAUACAACUGUUUGGAUUCCAGGCAUAAUUGCUGUAACCACAGCUUGCUGUAACAGCAUAGGUCAGUAGUUGGGGGCCAGUUGCAAA